AUGUGGGAGCCACAACACCACCAUUCUCCUCUGAAAGUUGCGGCAAGUGAAACAAAAGAACCAUGGUGCAUUUCUACCCUAAAUAGACUUAAAGAAGCUUCUCCAUUGAGCUUGAAGGUUUCCUUAAGAUCUAUACGAGAAGGUAGAUUUCAGACCCUUGAUCAGUGCUUGUUGCGCGAGUACCGAAUGACUUUACAAGCAAUAUCUAAACAAAUAUCUGGUGACUUCUGUGAGGGAGUGAGGGCACGCAUGGUGGACAAGGACAUGGCAGCAAAGUGGGAUCCUCCAACCUUGGAAAAGGUGUCACAAGAUAUGGUGGAUCAGUACUUCUUACCUCUAAGUGAAUUUGAACCUGAUCUAGAGCUUCCAACAAAAUCCCGGGAAGCAUUUUUUUAG